UUCCCCACAGUUCUUUUUUUUUUUUUUUUUCCCCUGACAUGGAGUUAGCUAAAUUGUCAGACAUGACCAAGCUCCACCAAGCUGUGGCCAUAGGAGACUGCAACACAGUGAAAAAGAUUUUGAAGAAAGGUCUUUGUGACCCAAACUAUAAGGAUGUGGACUGGAAUGAUCGGACUCCACUUCACUGGGCUGCAAUUAAAGGUCAUGUGGAAGUGAUGCUGCUGCUGAUAGAAUAUGGAGCCAGGCCCUGCCUGGUAACAGAUGUGGGCUGGACCCCAGUUCAUUUUGCAGCUGAGUCAGGCCAUCUGAAUGUACUUAAAACUCUCCAUGCACUGCAUGCUGCUGUGGAUGCCCCUGACUUUUUUGGAGACACACCAAAGAGGAUUGCACAGAUCUAUGGGCAGAAAGCCUGUGUGGCAUUCCUAGAAAAGGCAGAACUUGAGUGCAGUAACCAUCGCCUCAUUGCCACACAGAAAGGGUUGCCACUGGAUCAACAUGAUGAAGAGUGGGGUGACAAGAAAAGGGAGCUGGAAUUGUCUCUUCCUUCCACAAGUAAAAAUACUAACAAGAAAAAGAACAAGAAAGGCCCAUGUUCCACCAGAGCCAACAUCACCAAAUGGAGGAGAAAAUAAAAUGGGCUAAAACCUAGAUACUGGAACCUAUAUUUUCUGGCGGGAAUUUUCUCCCUAGCACUAGCAUAGAGGUUUCCAGGGUAUGUUGUUUUGAUAUGAUUUUCCCAGUCAGUGUCUACUGGUAUCUCAUGACCUAUCAUUAAGUUUGCAAGUCUUGCCUGGAUGAUUUUCAGACAAGGGUAUUGACUACUUGAUAAUACUUGCUGUUCCUAAAAUUAACCAAAUUAGAUGGCGAAUAUAAGCUGUCUACAUCUUAUCAUCAGUGAUGUGCAUUGUCAACAUUUCCUAAUCCUCUCUAAACAGUUAUGUAUGCAACAAAGAGUUGAACAAAUGUAAUUCCUGGCUUCUAGCUCGUUUUUUUCUUGGUAGAGACUCACAAACUCCAUGGGGUCAUUUGUACCAGUGAUCUUGUCUAUACAAAAGAAACAGUCUAAGUCACAGCCCUGCUGGUAAUGAGUAGCCAAGAAACCCUGACUGAAUGUAUUUCAUCCCACAUAACUAAUGAGAGAUCACAUGAAGAAAUGGAACUUGCCUUAGUUCCAAAUUCAGGACAGGUAUUGCCAAUGAAACUAUCUCGUCUAAAUUUGAGAUGUGAAGUGAAUUUAAAAUGUAUAUUAGAUUUUGAAGACUUAAUACAAAAGUAUAUAAUAGUUCAUCAGUAAUAUAAUGAUUACAUCUUGAAAUAUGUAUAUUUUGGAUUGUAGGCUAAAUAAAUUCUAUUACCAUGAA